AUGAUCAAUGGGCUGCAUGAUGGCUUGGGGAUGCAUGGAAGUUUAAUUAGAGGGAUACGGGAACUGAUGGCCCGGGAAUGGAGGGUACAACUGUUGCAUGAUUGGCGCGAGUCGAAUUUCGCAACUGAUUAUCUGGCUUCUUUAGCUUCAACCAGCCCCAGUGGUCUUCAAUAUUUGGAUGCUCCUUCAUUGGGAGUGAAACCGUGGCUAGAACACGAUCUUAUCGCCACCGUCCCAAGCCACACGCGCCUCCGCACGCGCUCACACACAACUUCCGUCACCUCUAUGGCCAUGGCCAAUUCCCUCGGCUACGCCAGCCCUUUUCAGGUCAGAACCUCAUCGGAGCAUCCCUCCUUACAGCGGCCCGGAGCGUGCUUCACGCGCCACUCGCUUCCCUCUCUGGGAUUCACGCAGUCAGCGAGGCCCUGUUCCUCAACGCCGCUGGUUUUGGCGGCCGCCUCCGCCGGUACAGUUGAAGCCGAGCCGAAGCCGAGAGCAGCUGCUGCCCCCGCGAAGGCUCUGCCAUUCCGCGUGGGCCAUGGGUUUGACCUCCACCGGCUCGAGCCGGGCUACCCUCUCAUCAUCGGCGGCAUCAGUAUUCCUCACGAUCGGGGCUGCGAGGCCCACUCAGACGGCGAUGUGUUGCUACAUUGCGUGGUUGAUGCAAUAUUGGGGGCGCUCGGGCUUCCGGAUAUCGGGCAGAUAUUCCCAGACACGGAUCCUAAAUGGAAAGGCGCACCAUCUUCGGUUUUCAUGAAGGAGGCCGUUCGGCUAAUGCGUGAGGCAGGUUACGAACUCGGUAAUUUAGACUCGACACUAAUUCUGCAAAGACCAAAGUUGAGUCCUCACAAGGAGGCUAUCAGGGAAAAUUUAUGCGAGCUUCUUGGAGCCGAUCCUUCAGUCGUGAACCUCAAGGCAAAAACACACGAAAAAGUCGACAGUCUUGGAGAAAACAGGAGUAUUGCUGCACAUACGAUUGUUCUCCUUGUGAGGAAGUAA